AUGACUCUUAUAAUAUCAUGUGUGAAUAUUUCAAUAAAAUUGCAAAAUGUAUUAAAAGCUCUUAAUCUCGAUGUUGACGAUAUAAGUGGUCAAUGUUAUGAUAAUGGUUCUAAUAUGAAAGGAAAACAUCAAGGUGUACAAAAGCGUUUACGUGAAAUAAACCCUAGAGCAUCAUAUAUGCAUUGUGCUUGUCAUAGUUUAAAUCUUACUCUUUGCGACAUAGCACAUUCUUUCUCACGAGCCAUUUCAUUCUUUAUAAUUGUUCAACGCUUAUAUACACUAUUCUCUAGUUCCACAAAAAGAAGGAAAAUAUUGCUUGACAAUGUUUCUGAACUUACUGUUAAAUAUUUAUCUAAUACUCGUUGGGAGAGUCGAAUUAAAAGUAUUAAAACAAUUAGAUUUCAAGGUCCCCAAAUAAGAUUAGCUUUGUCUAUGCUUUAUGAUUCUUAUGGUAAUGAUGCUAAAACUAAGAGUGACGCUGAGUCUUUGUAUAAUGCACUUGGAAGUUAUGAGUUUUUGCUUGGUAUGGUCAUGUGGUAUGAAAUAUUCUUUGUUAUAAAUAAGAUAAGCAUGACCUUGCAAUCUAAAUCUAUGUGUAUUAGUGUCACUAUAGAACAAAUAGGAUACAUGUUGUCAUAUUUUGUAAAGUUUACAGAUGAAAUAUUUAUUUCUUGCCUAAAUAUUGCUAAAAUAUUGCAUUUGAUAUGGAUGUUGAACUCACCCUUCCAAUAA